AUGAAUGCUCAGGGAAACAUUAGAGCGUCUGCAGGAGGGUAUGGAUACUUGAAGCAAUGGCUGUGGUGGCUUGGACUCAUUACAAUGGGUGCAGGAGAGGCUGCAAAUUUAAUAGCAUAUGCAUUUGCACCAGCAGCUCUUGUAACUCCUUUGGGUGCUUUAAGUGUACUUGUGGCUGCGGUGCUUUCAAGUAAAUUACUGAAUGAAAAACUUUAUUUCCUUGGAAAGGUUUAG